AUGGGCGGCCUGGGGGCGGUUUACAUGAUGACGACGCUGCUCAUCAUCUUCGGCAUCAUAGGUUUCUGGUUCGGCUGGUGCGGCCGAAGGUUCGUCCGUGGCAACAGCGCCAGAGCGGAGCCGGCCGAGGCCCAGGGCCUGCGGCCGUUCUACGAGCUCUGGCGGGCCAUCCACGGCAGGCCCGCCGGCCUGGCCGAUGAGGCCAUCGCGGCGCUGCCGCUGACGAAGCUCGCCCGGGCGGCGGAGUGCGCCGUGUGCCUCGGGGAGCUCGCCGCGGGCGGCGUGGCGCGGCUGCUGCCGCUGUGCGGGCACACGUUCCACAGGGAGUGCGUGGACACGUGGCUCCGCUCCCGCGCCAACUGCCCGGUCUGCCGCCAGACGGUCAACGAAGUCACCGGGAUGCCGCGCCGUAAUGUCCGGGACGCGGCACAGCCGGCUGCUCAGGCUCAGGCUCAGGCUCCGGGGCCGGUCAUGCUGCCGCCUGCGCUGCCGCAGGCCGACGGCAGGGCGCCGCUGGCACAGGCUCGCGACGGCGGCGAAGGCCACAUCAGCCUGCAGGUUCUUGAUUGA